UCCUCUCCCUCAUCUGUCCCCCCCCUCUCUCUGUUUUUUGCUCCUCUUCUUGCCACCUGUUAGUUAGUCUCCCUCUCCUCGCUGCACUGGAAUCCCCUCUUUUUUUAUGAGGAGUUUCACACUUGCGCUAUCAGUGGGCCCCAUGACUGUGCGAAAAGGAAAACCUUUAGCCAUCUCCAUCCAGGAGAACAUGGCCAUCGACGUGUGUCCGGGCCCCAUCCGCCCCAUCCGUCAAAUCUCUGCCUACUUUCCUCGCCUUUCCCCCACUUCCUCCUUCACCGAGCCACUUUCGCCCAAUCACAAGGCAGCCCCCACUUCCCUCAGCCCUGGUAGCAUGGGUCAAGGCGGAGGGGCUGCCGGGGGAGGAGGAGGGGGCAGCAGCCUGCUGUCACCACUGUUACCAGGAGCUGGUGGUGGAGGGGGGUCACUGUCAGCCAUGAGCAGCAUGGACACCUCCAUCGAGAUCGACAGCUGUGACAGCGAUGACAGCACCUCGUUGGGGACGUUACAGUUUGACCUACUGUAUGAAAGAGCCACCAGCUCACUACACUGCACAGUCCUGAGAGCAAAGGGUCUGAAGCCGAUGGAUUUUAACGGUUUGGCUGAUCCUUACGUCAAGCUGCACCUGCUUCCAGGAGCCUGCAAGGCCAAUAAGCUGAAAACCAAGACAGUACGCAACACGCUGAACCCCGUUUGGAACGAGACGCUCACCUACUGUGGAAUUACUGAGGAAGACAUGUACCGCAAAACACUCCGGGUGUCCGUGUGCGACGAAGACAAGCUGACACAUAAUGAGUUCAUCGGGGAGUCGCGGGUGGCCCUGCGCCGCUUGAAGCCUGACCAGACCAAACACUAUAACAUCUGUCUGGAGCAUCCACCUCCUCUGCCCUCACCUACAGCCAUGAGCACAGCGCUGAGAGGAAUCUCCUGCUACCUGAGAGAGUGGGAGACCGAACAGCAUCGAAGUCUGGAGGAGAGAGGCCGCCUGCUGCUCUGUCUGCAGUUCCUCCCUCCGUCCGCCGCUGAUGACGACGUCAAGGGCGAAGCCAAGGAGAGGGCUCGUGGAGGGCUGUGUGUGGGUGUCAAACGCUGUGCCCACCUGGCAGCCAUGGACGUCAAUGGCUUCUCGGACCCCUAUGUUAAAACGUACCUCAAGCCAGAUGUUCAUAAGAAAUCAAAGCACAAAACGGCGGUCAUCAAAAAGACUCUCAACCCAGAGUUUAAUGAGGAGUUUUUCUAUGAAAUCACCUUCUCAGAGUUAGCCAGCAAGACCCUGGAGGUCACGGUGUGGGACUACGACCUCGGAAAGUCCAACGACUUCAUAGGUGGUGUGUCCUUUGGGUGCCACUCACAGGGAGAGACUCUGCAGCACUGGAUAGACUGUCUGAAGAACAAGGGCAAGAAGGUGGAGCGCUGGCACACUCUGACCAAUGAACUGCCCGGAUCGAGCCUGCAGGAGUGAACUGAUCCUUCCUCACUGCGCUCUGACACCGGAGAGGCGGCUAAAGACUCAGGAUGAGGGACGAUUCAUCGCAUGCUCUGAGGAAUGUUCUGCAUGACUAUGAUGAGGAUUCACAUCCAUCUUACUUUGUGUCAUAAAUGAGAUCGUAAUUCAUAACACAAUGCGCCCAAAGGGGUCACAGUCAAGCAUCAAUACCGCAAUCUUGGAUUUGAAUAGAGUUGAUGCAAAUGUGGGGAACGCGUCCUCAGCGUAAAGCUAACAGUGUGAGAAUUUUCAUAAUGAUAUUCAUAGAGAUCCAUGUCUCUUUUGUUCAUUUUUUUGGUAAUCUAAAUGCUCCUCUGUGCGGCUACAAACUGGUCAGAUCUCAAUCAACGGGAAAAAAUUGAAAACGUGCAGAAAUAUAAUGAAGAAUUUAAAAUAUUCUGCCUGUUAUUUUCAUUCCAAUUCAUCCACCGUCCCCCGUUGCACACACCUCUCCUUUGCAAUAAUGUUUUGCUGAAUGCUUCCGAAGAUUUCCAAGUGGUCUUAAGGAUGCCACAGAGUUUGUAUCUGAGAUUGAUCUGAUUGCCACUGGAUGGUGUGCAGACAGCACAGCCCAAUAAUAGAGUUGGCUCUUCCAUGUUGUUGUUGUUUUUGCAUGUUUGAUGUCGAUGGUUCAAGCUAUAAGACAAAGAUGUGCUGCAGGAGGAAAUCACUGUUCCCCAAUCCUCCAGAGGAAGAGAUUGUUAAUUACAUUGAAGGGUUGCCACUUGUUAGUGUUGUUCACAGUUGUUUCUCAUGUCAACUCUAAUAAACAGUGUCAGUUUCUCUUAGUGACACGCUGAUGUUGACAUGUGUUUGCUUCUUAAUCCCUGGUGUAUAUGGAACAGUACAGAGGUGUAAUUAACAGGAAGGUUUCAGAGCAGAGAGAUGGAUAUUGGGGACAGCCAUGCAUUGUAAUAUCUAAAUUACUCUGUUGAAUAUCUAAAUUACUAAUAUGUACUGAAUGGUGUGUAGAGCACAGUGUUGUGUGAUGACUCUCCAUGCUGAAGGUUGUAUCUGUGCUGGGUCUCAUGUUCUCAAAGAGACAUGCCAAAAACACUAACGGUGUUUACAUGUAAAUAUAUCUAUUGUGUUUGCUUUGGAUGUUUGUCUUUUGGAACUUCAGGUGUGCAUGCCUGUUUGAUUUUUUUCAUAAAAUAUUCAUUUUGAA